AUGGUGAAAAUGACAUUGAUAGCUCGUGUUACCGAUGGGUUGCCUCUAGCAGAAGGGCUCGAUGAUGGACGUGACUUACCAGAUUCGGACAUGUAUAAGCAACAGGUCAAGGCUCUGUUUAAGAAUCUUUCCAGAGGCCAAAAUGAGGCUUCGAGGAUGUCGGUUGAAACUGGCCCCUAUGUUUUCCAUUACAUUAUAGAAGGACGUGUUUGCUACUUGACUAUGUGUGACCGCUCUUACCCAAAGAAACUCGCUUUCCAAUACCUGGAAGAUCUCAUGAAUGAAUUUGAACGUGUCAAUGGGCCUAACAUCGAAACAGCUGCUCGACCUUAUGCCUUUAUUAAAUUUGAUACCUUCAUACAGAAAACCAAGAAACUGUACCAGGACACCCGUACACAACGUAAUAUUGCCAAGCUGAAUGAUGAACUCUAUGAGGUUCAUCAAAUAAUGACGCGGAAUGUGCAAGAAGUCCUAGGUGUUGGUGAAAAGCUGGACCAGGUGAGCGAGAUGUCUAGCCGGUUAACAUCUGAAUCUCGUGUAUAUGCUGAUAAGGCUAAAGAUUUGAACCGUCAGGCUUUGAUCCGGAAAUGGGCACCAGUCGCAAUCGUGUUUGGUGUUGUUUUCCUCCUUUUCUGGGUGAAGAACAAGCUAUGGUAA